AUGCCUUCGGUCGACAGCUUUUAUAAGCCCGAAGAGGCUAUCUUUUACAAUGAUGGAAGAGAACAGCAAUUGCUCAAUUUUAUCAAAACGCACCCUAGACGAUCCCAAAUGGAAGGCUCCCCAGAGGUCGUGCUCGCGGCGAUCGAUGAAUUUGGACAGACUCAAAACUUCCUUAUGAAUGUUGGCAGGCACAAAGGAAAAAUAAUUUGCGAUCUGAUCGCCAAGGAAAAACCCAAGACCAUCCUUGAAAUCGGUGGGUAUGUUGGAUACUCUGCAAUUUUGUUCGGGGACGCCCUUCGAAAAGCCGGUGGUCAGAAAUAUAUCAGCUUAGAGUUGAAUCCUGAAUUUGCCUCAGUCACUCGCGCUUUGGCUACUAUUGCUGGAUUGCAGGAUGUUGUGGAAGUUUUGGAAGGACCAUGCCGGAACUCUCUAAGAAAACUCGCAAAGAACGACAGGGGUGUGAAGCACUGGGACCUGGUCUUUUUAGAUCAUGCCAAGUUGUCGUACUUGAAUGACCUGAAACUCUGCGAAGAACUGGGUAUGAUUGCUCCAGGCUCGAUUGUUGUCGCAGAUGAUAUGUAUCGACCGGGUAAUCCGCCGUAUUCUAAAUAUGUGCGGGCUUCACCUGCGUCGAAGACGGAGGCGGUCGCUCCAUUUGUUGGUGGCAUUUUGGACGAUUGUGUAUCUUUGGGCAACCCGUCAUUGGUAUAUAAAACGGUUCUGCUUGAAGGAUUGGAGCCUACGGGGCAAUCAGACGCAGUGGAGAUAUCGUACUGUACUGACACUGCAGCCUAA